GACUUGUCACUUCUUCAGGGACAAAUUCUUUGCUGCCCGUCCACCUUCGCCCAUUCUGUCCCAACAGCCGCCCAGUCCCGAGAAAAACAGACUCAAAAACAUUAAUCAGGAGUUACAACGCCUAAUUUCACAAGUAGCAGUGUUACUCCGUCAGCGUUCGGUCACAGUUAAUUCCAAAAUUUUGCUUAUUAUAUAUAUAUAUAUAAUUCAUUCUGACUUUUUUCUUUAGUUAACAUAUCUGUGAUUUUUGCCAGAAGUGGACAUUUCAGUGGUAAAACCUCGAACGUGACUUUCCUAUUAUCGAACUCUAGUGUGUAUGUGUAUAAUAAAUGUGGACGUAUUGCACUGUAUGGAUCGUGGAAUCAAGUAUUUGCGGAUAAUAUAACAAGGUUAAAUAAACCUCACAAAAACAAGCCUGCGUCUUCUCCUUCUUCGUUACCUGCCAAAAGUUGCCAGUCAGCCUAGUAAAGACAUUCUUGUCCUCGACCGACCAGAUUGUUUAUUUGUAUUUUUUAUAAUUUUCGAACUAGCUACUGAUGAUGGCCAUGAAAGAUUCUCGCUGGCUACAGCUUGAAGUGUGUAGAGAGUACCAGAGGAAUAAAUGCACUCGACCCGAUACAGAAUGUAAAUUUGCCCAUCCGCCCGUUAACGUAGAAGUCCAGAACGGCCGAAUUACAGCCUGCUAUGAUUCAAUUAAGGGCCGAUGUAACCGAGAGAAACCCCCCUGUAAAUACUUUCACCCACCGCAGCACCUCAAGGAUCAGCUGCUCAUUACUGGCCGAAACCACCUAGCCCUGAAAAACGCUCUUUUGCAGCAAGUACCACUUCAGCCGGUCUUGCCUGGACAGUUGCAUGCCGUGGCAACAACAAAUCCGUAUUUGGCUGCUCUUCCCACUGUUGCUUCAGCUACAUCCUUUGCUCAUUACCUGAGCCCAAGCCCUAUGGUUAGUAUGAUGCCUGCAGAUGUGAUGACAGCACCACUCAGUGUACUCCCAACUCCUCUCGUUGCCACACAAAAAGUGCAACGGACUGACAGAUUAGAGGUAUGUCGAGAGUUCCAGCGUGGGAAUUGUAAACGAGUGGAAACUGAGUGCCGCUUCGCUCACCCUCCUGAGCACGUGACAGUGGACAGUACAGAAGGCAUGGUGACGGUCUGUAUGGAUUUCGUUAAGGGACGUUGUACACGGGACCCAUGCCGCUACUUUCACCCCCCACCUCAUUUGCAGGCUCAGCUAAAGGCUGCCCAAAGCCGAGCUAACGCCGCUUCUCUGCCACAUGUGAUCGAGACCUUGAUCAGCAAGAAGCGCCUGCGUGACCCUUCUGAUGAUCUGAUUCUGGCCUUCCCAGGAAUGAUACCCUUUACAAAACGUCCAGUCUUGGACAAAAGUGGAAUUCCAGUGUUUCAGCCCAGUGCAGCUUCAGCCUAUCAACAAGCCUUGGCCAUGCAGGUUCAGCAGCCGUUUGUGCCUGUUACAUUUGCUGGGCAUCCAACAGGUAUGCCAAGAUUUUAAAGAGAAUUUGUGAAGCUGAAAGCAAAUGUUCUAAAGAUGUCUAAAGACAGUGUUGGAUCAUGGGUUUUGUGCCUGUGGACAGAGAGACAGAAGAAGCCCCUCCAUAAAAACAAGGUGUUACUACUCACUAAGAUCUCCCUGUUGUUUCAAUUUGUAUGUAUAAUUAUUACAAAACAGACUCCCUAAUUUGCAGUGUUCUGUGUCCAGGGGGCAUCACUGAAUUUUCUGUACAUGACCUACUACUUGAUAACUUGAAUGUAAGAGGAAAAAGUUGUUUAAGCUACACAAACUGUUACUGUGUCUGCAUGGCAUGAUUGACUCCCAAGAAGACUUGGAGCUAAUAUGAAGGAUCUAGUCACUGGAGGAAAAACCAAGAAAGAACUUAGUGAACUUGUGUAUAUUUCUGGAAACUUUUUGGGUACCAUUUUUAGUGCAGCUCCCUGGAUGAUUAGAACAUUAUAUUUAAAUUAAAAUAUUACCUUGCAGUUUAAUAUGGCAUUCAUUUCUGUAUUAAUAUUUUUAUCCUCUAGCAAUUAGUAAUGAUGAAAAAGAAACACUGGAAAUUUAAUCUAAGGCUAUGCAAAUUUAAAAAAAAUGUCAAUGCAGAUUUUCUUAAUGUCAUAGUUGAUUUCAGUUUUGGUAUGUUCCUUUUUUUAAAUAUCUUACCAAAGGUUGUACAUGAGCUGAAAGAGUUUUAUUGGUUGUACAUGUUUAAGGAUGUCUGAUGGUCAAGUCAAGCUUGUUCCAAAAUCAUUUGGACCAGUUUUAAGAAUACACCUUGUAGUAGAGGAAAUGGCUUUUGAAAAAAAAAAAAAUAUGGAGAGGAUAUUUUUAAUAAUGUUGUUUUUGUAUGUCACGUUAUUUUACUGUUAGACUCAUAUCUUUAUAAAUACUAGUGACAUAUAAUUUAAAAUGGUUGUUGUGUUUCUUGUCUACUGUUGUUGAUGGUGUUGGUUUUAUAAAAAGAAAAAUUGUUCAUGCAAAGCCAUCUGAGGUAGAACCCAGUGCCUCAUAGUUCAGGCUGUGACCCAAGCACUUGGAGAUAAGUGGUUAAAACAUAUUACAUAAUGUACAUGUUGGUGUCUUGUGUAUUUGAUUAGCCUACCAUAAAGAAGGUUUAAUGUGUUCAUUUACAUCAUAUGAACACUAGUAGUUUUUCUUAUUAACUCUUUUGUUAUAAUGCUGAACUAUUACACUUUUAAGGUCAACAUAUUUAGAUUAUUUUAAAUGUUAUUGUUUGUGUUUCUAAGGUCACAAACAAUUCUAAACGAGCUUCAAAUGUUACAUGUAUUUGUAUCGAGCUUAAAAAUAUUGAUUCUAUGUGAAUCAUUAUUCUGUGCAUGUACACAUCAUCACAGCUUUGUCUCUAUGUACUAUGCUCAUUUUUCUGUUGAAAGCCCUAUGCUGAAGGUAUUGGUUGGUCCUUUUAUGUCUCUGACCUUAGAUGACUCAAAUCUUGUCUAUAUCAACAAGUAAAAUCUACUGCAAACUACUACUACUACUGAGUACACUAAAUUAUGAAACUUCAUCCGGAAAAAUGGAUACUAUCAGUCUUGUGUUUUUUUCACUUGCCUUACAGACAUUUCAUUCGAGGAAUGUUUGAUAUAUCAUCAUCAGUGCCACUUUUAACUAUUGACUGUUUGAAUAUGUUUACAAUUAUUACUAGUACUUAUAGCCUUAGUUACAAAUAAUAAUAAUUUAAUUAUAAAAACCAUAAUUUAAAAAUAACCUUGUAAUUUGAAUUGUUCAAACUGUAUGACUACUCAGAUGUAGUGAAUGAAAAUUUUUUUUUGUGCACUAGAUAUUGUGCAUUAGCUGAUAAUAGUGAAAAAUACUACCAUCUUCU